AUGAAGUGGAAUAACAUUACACUGGCAAUAGUCUUCCUUUCUCUAGCUGGACCUGGAAUUGUAGGAAAUAUCCGAGUGUUUGUGAGAUAUGUGCACAAUUCUGCCUUGCGGACUGAGAAAAAGCCUGUCGACCUUAUUCUCAUCCACUUGGCAUUUUCUAAUCUGAUCAUUAUUUGUAGCACAGGGAUCAGAGAUUUAGCCACGGUGUUUUCUUUCAGAAACUUCCUAGGAGAUAUUGGCUGUAAAGCUGCAGUUUAUCUGGCAAGGAUGGCACGGGGCCUUUCCAUCUGCACCACCUGUCUCCUCAGUGUGGUCCAGGCUGUCACCAUCAGUCUGAGGACAACCAUUUGGACAAAGCUCAAACCACAGACAUCAUGCCAAGUUCUUCCCUUUCUCCUCAUUUUCUGGAUUGUUAAUGUUCUCAUAAGCUCCAACUUGCUCUCCUACAUCAAAGCAGGUAGUGGCUUGAACAGGUCUGUAGUUGCAAUGUACAUUGGCCACUGCUAUAUGCUCCAAUCAAGGCACAUCAUCAAGUGGCUUUUCCUCUCUCUCAUGACUCUUCGUGAUAUCAUCUUUCAGAGUCUCAUGGGUUGGAGCAGUGGGUCCAUGGCUCUCCAUCUGUAUAAGCACCACAAGCAUGUCCUCUACCUUCAGAGCUCCAGGUCUGCAAACAGCUCCCCUCCUGAAAUCAGAGCGACAUGGAGUGUUCUCAUUCUUAUGGUCUGCUUCCUUUUCUUCUAUUGGGUAGAUUUUAUUAUCUCCUUCUACACAGGUUUCACGGUGGCACAUGAUUCUAUUUUACUAAAUAUUAAAACAUUUUUAGAACUUGGUUAUGCUAGUUUCAGCCCCUAUGUUCUGAUCAGCAGAGAUGUCUGUGUUCCUAAUGCCUUACAUCCUCAUUAA